UAGAACAUAAAUUGAGAGUUACUAAUCGUAUUCGUGUAUGAACCAAGUUAAACAACGGUGGAUAAAAUGACAGAAUUUAAAAUACUUAACAAAAGCUGCUUACUUUGCAAAACUUAGCACCUGGUGGGUGUAGUCAUUGAAUUCCCAAAAGGACAACCACCGCUGAAGUCAUCUCGCCCCACUUCAAAGACAAUGCGCGCGCGCGCGGGACCCCUUAGUUCCUCUUUGGUGGAUCUGACACGUCCAUCUCUUGCAAGCUGCAGUGGGCAGAGCAUUUCAGUCAUCCAUCAUCCAACCACCCACACCACCAUCCCCGCUGCCAUUCCUGAAAGCAACAAAUUUGCAGAAACUGACACGAUAGAUUUUAGUCGUCGAAGAAGAAAGAAAUUUCUUUUUUUCUCGCAAUAACUUACUUAUCUAAAGAUUCUGUAUUUUCGACAAUCUCCCUCGCCGCUUGCGAAGAAUUCUUCAUCACCAAGGUGGUCGGACUGACGCAGGAAGAAGGAAGACGGUAUCUUUUCAACAUAACUCUUGUAAAAAUUGCAGCUUUUUCUUUCUUCUUUCAGGAUGGAGCCUUUCAAGAGCGGCUUAGUACCCCAAGGCUUCUGCUUCGAGCAAGGGACCGACGGCGGUGGCGGCGCCACGGCCGGAGCGCUGGAUAUAUUUAUCCACCACGCGCGCAACAUUCAUAACAUCUGCAUCUACGCAAACCAAGACGUAUAUGCCAAGUUCUCCCUCACAUGCAAUCCCGACGACGCGAUCUCCACCCGGAUCAUCGCCGGCGGCGGCAAGAACCCGCAGUUUAAUGAGCGGCUUCAGCUCCAGGUUAAGCACAGCAAUCCCGCCGCCGCAGUGCUGAAGUGUGAGAUCUGGAUGCUGAGCCGCGCACGCAACUUUCUCGAAGACCAGCUCCUCGGCUUCGCGCUCGUCCCACUCUCCGCCGUCGCGGAAGCCGGCGGCGGCCGGUUGACACGGGACUUCUCUCUUUCUUCCACCGACCUCUUCCACUCCCCUGCCGGCACUGUCCAGCUCUCCCUCUCAUUUGACGACAAGCCGUAUGCGGAAUCCAGCAUCAGCAAUUCUUCUUCCAUAAGCUCGGAGUUUGUCAUUCUUGAUCCAGCGAGGAUUGAGUUUCCUGAAAUCAAUGUGGAUAAGGAGAAUCAGCAGAUGGUUUCUGAGUAUUUCUCAAUGAGUUCCAAUGUUCCUUUUGUUCAGCUUGGAGGUUCAUCAGAAUCCAUGGAGGAUUGUGAAAUGACUGUAAAUUCAAGCGAGUCUCCAGGUGGAAGCAGUCUUCAGAAUUCUGGUAUUUUCAGUACUUCAACUGUCACAAGCAUCGGCGAUGAUAGGCAAGUUAUAAACACAGUGAGCGGCUCUGGUUCCAAAGGGGCUUCUCCUGAUACUCCCACUUCCAAAUCUGGGAAGGGGAGUACUAAGGGCUUAGCCAAGGAAGAUGAAGAUGGUGGCAGUGGCGGCGGCGGCGACGGCGGUGGCGGCGAAGAUGGAGAACUGGGUUCUGUCUUCAAGUAUCCUCUAGGGAAUAUCAAUAUAGAGCCUGAGCAAAGUGCAAUGCAACAGCAAAUAGUGGACAUGUAUAUGAAGAGUAUGCAGCAAUUCACAGAGUCUUUAGCCAAGAUGAAGCUUCCAAUGGAUUUUGAUAAACCAAAAUCGGAGGAUGAUGAGGAUUUUAUCCAGAGCCAGAAAGGAAACAAGAAUUUGGAUUCAAAUAAGAAGGAUGGAUCCAGAGUUUUCUAUGGCAGCAGAGCAUUUUUCUGAUCAGUGAAACUAGUGUUUCUCAUUAACAGGGAUUAGUGACACUUAGGCUUCGUUUGGGACGGUUUUUUACUUCUUCUUAAAUCAGCUUGAAUUAACAAAUUGUUUUAAGAAGCAUAAGAAAGCUGUUCCAAAUGGAGCCUAAUUUGAUUUAAUCUCAGAAAAAAUGCACGCAGGAAAGUUAUCAUAACUCUUGAUGCUUUUUGAUCAUUCAUAAGUUUGUCUUGUGAAGUGCUAUGAAUUAAUUUAUUUGUUAGAUAGAAUAGUAGAGAAGAAAGCUCGGUGCUUUUGAAGUUCUUUCUUUGGGUAGGUCUUACUACUUAUUUUAUUGUGAUGAUUUAUUGAGAGUAGUUUGUUGUUUGGUAAACCAUCACAUCCAUCCCCUUGCUGGUUUUAGACGGAAAGGAUAUGUAAUUCUUCAGUAAUUCCAUUGUCAGAAUAUAUAUAACAUAGUUGGAACUGUCUUCUAAGUCAAA